UUAAGAGGCAUUGUUUUUCAACUGCGCGUAUCUUAUGUGUUGCUCCCAGUGCUCAUUUCAAGUUCAUUUUGUUUUAAUUAUUUAGAACAGUAUGUAACACAUUUAUUGACCAUUAGAAGUUUGUUGUGACGAGUGUUAAUGCAUUAAUUCAGUUAUUGAAAAGAUUCAUCGAGAAAUAACUCAGUUCUAUUUGUCACUGAUCUCAGUUCUGCUGUAACUAUUUUUGAGAACCACUAAGUAACCAGUGUUUCUCCAUCAAAAGGAGGAUCACCCCAUAUCCCAUCUCCAUCAGUUUGUCGAAAACUGUCAUGUGGAUAAUAAACAAACCCCAACAAUCUAAUACCAUGGAUCAACUGUUCGACGAGAUAAUCAAGGAGUGCACAUUCGCAGUACCAGGUGCACGUCUAUCCUACGCUGUCCGUAACAAAUUAGAGAAACACAAGAAAUCUGUGCGACGAGAGAUAGUAAGCCGCACCAAAGACGACUGUGCACCUCUCUUCAUCGCUUGCAAAAGAGGCCACGUAGAAAUUGUUGAAUACCUGAUAACAGUAUGUAACGCUGACAUUGAACAACGUGGCCUUUAUGAGGUGCCUGAUGACAGAUCAGUCCAUUGUGUGACUCCACUUUGGUGUGCAGCAGUUGCUGGAAAAUUGCCUGUGAUAAAGUGUCUGAUAGCUCAUGGCGUUGAGGUGAAUGCAGUCUCUGACACUGGUUCUACACCAGUCAGAUCAGCCUGCUUCAUGACCCAUCUCGAUAUUGUUGAAUACCUCGUUGAGAAUAGAGCUGAUAUACUACGUGCUAAUUACAAUGGGGGAACGUGCUUGAUAAAUUCAGUUCAAAGUGUCGAAUUGUGUACAUAUUUAUUGAGACACGGUGCUGAUGUCAAUGCAAGAGACAUCCAAAAUAAGACUGCUUUACAUUACGCAAUUCAGGAGCAUAGAUUUGAAACGACUAAACUAUUCUUAGAACACAAUGCAGAUCCACACUUAAAGUCUAGGUACAAUGAUGAUGCCCUGCAGACGGCUUGUCUUAAAGGAGCAAUACAGAUUUUCGACUAUUUGGUAGAAAAUGUCUCGUACUCACAGGAGAGACUGGCGAAUGCUAAUGAAUUGAUGGGCUCAACGUUUUUCGAUGAACAUGGGGAUAUUGCAACAGCACUGAUCUACUGGAGGAAAGCUAUGGGGAUCAGGAUGGAGAACAUGGAGGAGGGACAGGUGCUGGAGAAGAAGCCUAUCAUGCCGAAAAGGGAGAGCUUCAGGAAUGCUGUGGAAUUUUCCACUAUGGACGAACUCAAUGCCAUUGCUUUCGAUCUGGAUGCAAUUAGAAUACAGAGUUUGCUGAUUUGUGAGAGGAUACUUGGGGAAAAUCACAAGGACACACUUUAUAGGCUUAUGUACAGGGGUGCUAGUUAUGCUGAUGCGUUGAGGUAUCAGAACUGCAUCGACUUGUGGAGGAGGACCCUAGAGAUUAGGGUGGAAAGAGAUUCUAUUUUAUACACAGAUACAUGUUUUACUGCUCAAGCUCUGGUUAGAAUAAUGGUUGAUUUGAAUGAAGCGACAACAGAUCGAAUUCGUGAUAAGGACGAGCCAAGAUUCUGUGAUGUAGUUGCGGUAUUUAAAUUACUCACGAGCCAGCUGUGCGAGGCUAGAGAAAUACUCGAGAAGCGUCCAGUGUAUAAACGCCACCAGGACAGUUACGAUCGUAUCUUGAAGUGCGUGACUCACUUGAUUUACCUUCUGGUAGAGACCGCUAGCACGAACGAACAGAAGGCUGAAGUUCAUCAACUUGCCCGUGAGUUAGUUGGAAGAAAUCCCAGGUCCGCAUCAACAGGGGAUAGUUUGCUACACCUUUGCGUUUCUAGUUUGAAUUCUAUAACUUCUAGUUACUUCACUUCUGACGAAAAAAUGGUCGUUUUCCCUCACACGGAAGUUGUUAAAUUACUACUGGAUUGUGGCGCCCACGUGAAUGCUAGGAAUGAAUCCCGUUCGACUCCACUUCACAUUGCAAGCAAUGCUUACAAUUUUCUUAAUCCAUUGAUAAAACUACUUCUUGAUUACGGAGCCCACCUGGACAUUCCCAACCGAGCCGGUGACACCCCAGCAAAACUAAUAUCUUCAAAUCCCCACAGCAGCAUAAAUCUCGUCAACUACAUGAGCCUGCGGUGCUACGCAGCCCAGGCCAUCUUCAAAUAUGGCAUCCGGUGCACCGAAUUACCAGUAACGUUGCAUCAGUUUCUGGAAUACCACAGGCCCCAUCGUAUCAACCUUAGAGCAACACUGCAACUGCGUGUUUACAUCUUCCACUGAGUCCAGCCUUGCAAGUUUACGUCAUUUCAAUCACUUGACCAUUUUCAACAAUUUUCCCACUGAUUUCAUGAGGAUUACCUUUAAAAUUGGAUGUUUGUAGACUGAAAGCAAGUACUUCAUGAAUAUUUGUUGACGCAUUGUCAUUAGAAGUUUGUCCACAUUGAAUUACAAGCCCUGCUUCCAGUAAUUUUUCACCUUCAAUAAACUUCUUACUGCUGAGCCUCAGCGAAACGACACAAUACUUGCAUGGACACUUUUAUGACAAAGCGACCCGUGAAAUCUCAACGAAAACCUUACAAUUUCUAAUUAUUCUAGGUGAUUUAAUCCAAUUCUUUGGAAGGGAGAUUACAUAAACGUACUGACGGUCGCCUGCUCGCGCUAGUUCGAAUUUCGGCCGCAAGGCGGCCAAGGCAUUGAUCACGCCCCCCUCAGAGUUCCCCAUUGUAAAGAGGAAAUUUCAUUUCAGAGACUGUCCUAUUUUGUGUUCUCGUUAUGUUUACGAUUACCUUCAUUGUGUACAAAUACAAUAUACUUUCGUCACGACUUUUUUCUCAUUAUUGUACAACUUAUUCAUAAUUUCAACAUAUUAAUUAAAUUUAAAGAGUUGUAUGGAUCUCAGCAGGUCAACGUGAUAUGUACAUCAUGUAAGGAUAAUUGCGUAGUUUUUUGUUACUAAUUUUGUGUUUUUCUUUUUUGAAAAUAUCACUUGUAAGUUAUAUAAUAGCAGAGUAAGAGAAUUUAAGCAAGUAUUGCUUCGUUCGAUUAUUUCUAUCAACAAAUGUGAUAUUGAUGAAAGCACUCGAGGCGAACACUCAAUGGCAUAAAAAUAGCGAUGCUCGAUAUUCAUUUCUCUUUGAUUCAUAUUCAUAAUGCACAGAACUAGUAAAAAUAAUUAUAAAGAGAAAAAAUUACAUUUGUCAUUCAAUAAUUUUAUUCAUUCCUCAGCAUCCUUAACUUACUCCCUAGUUUGCAUAACAGGGAAUGAUAAUUACUAUAAAAACAAUGGAUAAUAAAAUUUGAUGAAGAGCUAA